AGAGAAAAGAGGGGUGUGAGUGUGAGAGAGAGAGAGAGAGGGGGAGAGAGAGAGAACUAUUUCCACCCACCCAGCGAGGAGACACGCUCAUAAACGGCAGGCAGACGGGCUGAGUGUCAGAAGGACAGGAUCCGAGGACAGGGAGGCAGACAGAGACAGAGCUUCACUCACAGAAGAUGUUUUAUUAAAGCGAGAGGAAGAGUCGGUGCAUGCAAACACACCAAUAAACCCAGAGAAGCUCAACGUACUAACACUAGGAACAACAACAGGUCGCUUCUUCACCCCUUUAUCACACGUGUUUACUGACUGGUGCUGGUGAGGAGUGUGUGAGUGAGUGAGUGAGUGUGUGUUUGAGUGCUGAUCGACCCCAACAAGCACAGCACGCAGGAGAGGAAGGAGCCGGCGAGUGGAUGGAUGCCUUUUGCAGACUGAGUGGCCUGGACCCGCUGUGGGACUGGAACCGCACGUGGUACACAGCCAACCCCGACCUAACCCAGUGCUUCCAGAACACCGUGCUGGUGUGGGUUCCCUGUAUCUAUUUGUGGUUGUUGGUUCCUUUCUACUGCCUUCACCUCUAUUGCCAUGACAACGGCCGUAUUCGGAUGUCCUGCCUCUGCGCGGCCAAGAUGGUUUUGGGUUUCCUACUGGCCUCGUUUGGUUUCGUUGAGUUCUUCUACAUCCUGCUGGAGAGACGCCAAGACAUUGAGCAUCACAUGGUCUUCCUACUGAGCCCCAUCAUUCGCAGCAUGACUGUGAUUCUGGUCCUAUGCAUCAUCCAGUUGGAAAGAGUGAGAGGCUGUCGCUCCUCCGUGUUCCUUUUCUUGUUCUGGGUCCUGUCUGUUGUUUGUUCUCUGGUGCCACUCAGAGCAAAGAUCCAGCUUGCCAUAGAUGAGGGGAUCACAUCCGAUACUGUACGAUACCUCGCCUUCUUCUCCUACUUCACCAUCCAGCUGGCCCAGCUCUUCCUGUGCUGCUUCGCUGACCAGCCUCCGCAGGGAAAACCCAUCUUGGAAAAGAAUCCCUGUCCUGUGAGAGAUGCCUCGUUCCUGUCAAAGAUUCUCUUCUGGUGGUUCACUGGGCUUGUUGUGAAGGGUUAUCGCACACCGCUGGAAGCAGAGGAUCUCUGGACCCUGAGAGAGGAAGACACAUCAAACAAGAUCAUCUCUGAGCUCCAGCAGAACUGGACGGCUGAAUGUGCCAAACUUCAGAAGCAGGAGAAAGCCCUGGCCUCGGGCGCAGCUCUGGGCAGCAGGCUGCCAGACCAGGCUCAGCUCCUCCGGAAGCUGCAGAAGGAGCAGAGCUCUGGCUUCUUCCUGCUCAGGACGCUGGCGCGCAAGUUUGGUCCCUAUUUCCUGACCGGCACCUUGUGCAUCAUAUUCCACGAUGCCUUCAUGUUCGCCAUCCCCCAGGUGUUGAGCCUGCUCCUGGGUUUCAUGAAGGACGCCGACGCUCCGUUGUGGAAGGGCUACUUCUACGCCACCCUGAUGUUCCUACUCUCCUGCCUCCAGUCCCUCUUCAACCACCAGUACAUGUACACCUGCUUCACAGUGGGCAUGAGGGUGAAGACAGCCGUCAUGGGCUUAGUUUACAGGAAGUCGUUGGUGAUAAACAGCUCUGCCAGGAGGACUUGCACCGUGGGCGAAAUCGUGAAUCUGGUUUCGGCAGACACUCAGAAGCUCAUGGAUUUUGUGGUGUACUUCAACGCUGUCUGGCUGGCUCCAAUCGAGAUUGCUCUUUGUCUCUUCUUCCUCUGGCAGCAUCUGGGCCCUUCAGCGCUGGCAGGAAUCGCCACAGUCAUCCUGAUUUUUCCACUCAACGGGUUCAUCGCCAAGAAGAGGAGCAAGCUGCAGGAGAUUCAGAUGAAGUUCAUGGAUGGACGCAUCCGACUGAUGAACGAGAUCCUGAACGGAAUAAAGAUCCUGAAGUUUUAUGCCUGGGAGAAGGCUUUCCUGGAGCAGGUGUUGGGAUACAGAGAGAAGGAGCUGAAGGCCCUGAAGAAGUCUCAGAUUCUUUAUUCCAUCUCCAUCGCAUCAUUUAACUCCUCGUCAUUCCUGAUUGCCUUUGCGAUGUUCGGCGUCUACGUGAUGCUGGAUGACAGGAAUGUUCUGGAUGCUCAGAAAGUGUUCGUCUCCAUGGCAAUCAUCAACAUCCUGAAGACUCCGCUUAGCCAGCUGCCGUUUGCCAUCAGCACCACGAUGCAGGCUUUAGUUUCUCUGAGACGCCUCGGGAAGUACCUGUGCUCCGAGGAACUGAGGGCGGACAACGUCUCCAAGGCCUCUCUGAGCUCCGAGGGUGAAGAUGUGAUUGUGGACAACGGCACUUUCAGCUGGGCUGCAGAAGGCCCUCCGUGUCUCAAAAGGAUCAACGUGCGUGUGCCACGAGGUUCCCUUGUUGCUGUGGUCGGGCACGUCGGCAGCGGAAAGUCCUCGUUGUUGUCCGCCAUGCUUGGUGAAACGGAGAAGCGAAGCGGUCAGGUCACCGUCAAGGGCUCGGUGGCGUACGUGCCCCAGCAGGCCUGGAUUCAGAACGCCACCGUCCAGGACAACGUUCUGUUUGGCCGCGAGAAGCAGAAAACUUGGUACCAACGCGUGUUGGAGGCAUGCGCCCUGCUGCCUGACCUGGACAUCCUACCCGCUGGAGAUGCUACAGAAAUCGGAGAGAAGGGCCUUAACCUCUCGGGCGGGCAGAAGCAGCGGGUGAGUCUGGCCCGAGCCGUCUACAGAAAAGCUGACGUGUACCUGCUGGAUGAUCCUCUGUCUGCCGUCGAUGCUCAUGUGGGUCAGCACAUCUUCGACAAAGUCAUCGGGCCUAAAGGAGUCCUUAGAGGCAAAACCCGCGUCCUGGUGACCCACGGCACGAGCUUCCUGCCCCAGGCCGACCUCAUCCUGGUUCUGGUGGAGGGAGAAAUCACGGAGAGCGGCUCCUACCAGGAGCUGCUCAGCAGACACGGAGCUUUUGCUGACUUCAUCCACACGUUUGCGAGCACAGAGAAAAAGGAGAGUUCCAUACAGAGAGCUGGUUCCAGGAGGUCCAACGCUCGACUCAGCAUAGUUGACUUCAUGCCGUUCUCCAGAGAUCUGUCACAGGAGCAGCUCAUUGGGGGCGACACCACUAACACUAACCUGCAAAGCAUGGAGCCCGUGACUGAAAUGGACCAGGAGCAGGUACCAGAGGACUUGGGGAAGCUGACGGAGGCGGACAAGGCUCACACUGGACGAGUGAGGCUGGAGAUGUACAAGAAGUACUUCAAGACCAUCGGCCUGGCCAUCAUCAUCCUCAUCGUCUUCCUGUACGCCUUCCAGCAGGGCGCCUCCCUGGCCUACAACUAUUGGCUCAGCAUGUGGGCCGAUGACCCGGUUGUCAACGGCACCCAGCUCGACACGGAUCUCAAACUGGCUGUUUUUGGAGCUCUGGGAUUUGCACAAGGUAUCGCCAUCUUCGGUACGACUGUUGCCAUCUCCAUCUGCGGCAUCAUCGCGUCUCGCCAGCUGCACAUGGAUCUGCUGGUCAACGUCCUCCGAUCGCCCAUGUCGUUUUUCGAGUGCACGCCUAGUGGGAACCUCCUGAACCGCUUUGCUAAGGAGAUCGACGCCAUUGACUGCAUGGUCCCUGAUGGCUUGAAGAUGAUGCUGAGCUACGUCUUUAAACUCAUGGAGGUCUGCAUCAUCGUGCUGAUGGCGACGCCCUUUGCAGCUGUGAUCAUCCUGCCUCUCGCUUUUCUCUACGCCUUUGUCCAGAGCUUCUACGUCGCCACAUCCUGUCAGCUACGCAGGCUGGAAGCCGUGAGCCGCUCGCCCAUUUACACCCACUUCAAUGAGACGGUGCAGGGCGCCAGCGUGAUCCGGGCCUUCGGAGAGCAGUCCAGGUUCAUACUGCAGGCCAACAAAAGGGUCGACUUCAAUCAGACCUCCUACUUUCCUCGAUUCGUCGCCACUCGGUGGCUGGCCGUCAAUCUGGAGUUUGUUGGAAACGUUGUGGUCCUGGCUGCUGCCAUUCUGUCUGUGAUGGGGAGAAGCACCCUGAGUCCAGGCAUCGUUGGUCUGGCUGUGUCACACUCCCUCCAGGUGACUGGAAUCCUGAGCUGGAUUGUACGAUCCUGGACUGACGUGGAAAACAACAUUGUGUCAGUGGAGAGGGUUAACGAGUACUCUGAUACUCCCAAAGAGGCCAGCUGGAACACAGAAGGCACCCCCUUACCCCUGGCCUGGCCCCAGAGCGGCACCAUAGAGUUCCAGGACUAUGGGCUGCAGUAUCGGAAAGGCCUUGAGCUCGCUCUGAAAGGCAUCACGCUGAAUGUUGACAAAAGAGAGAAGGUCGGAAUUGUGGGAAGAACAGGAGCUGGGAAGUCCUCGCUCGCACUGGGAAUCUUCAGGAUCCUGGAGGCAGCAAAAGGAAAAAUCUUCAUAGAUGGAGUGAAUAUUGCUGACAUCGGACUUCAUGACCUGAGAUCACGGGUCACUAUCAUUCCUCAGGAUCCCAUUCUGUUCUCGGGCUCACUCAGGAUGAACCUUGACCCCUUUGACACGUACACAGACGAAGAAAUUUGGAGUUCACUCGAGCUCGCUCACCUCAAAACCUUUGUGUCUAAUCUGCCUGACAAGCUCAGCUAUGAAUGCUCAGAGGGAGGCGAAAACCUCAGUCUGGGUCAGCGCCAGCUCGUGUGCCUAGCCAGGGCCUUGCUGAGGAAAACCAAGAUCCUGGUUCUGGAUGAAGCGACAGCUGCUGUGGACCUGGAGACGGACACACUCAUCCAGUCGACAAUCCGCACACAGUUUGAGGACUGCACCGUCCUGACCAUUGCUCACCGCCUGAACACCAUCAUGGACUACACAAGAGUGAUCGUCAUGGACAGAGGCAACGUUUGUGAGAUGGACUCUCCGGCCAACCUCAUCUCACAGCGAGGACAGUUUUACAGGAUGUGCCUUGAAGCGGGGCUGGUCUAGCUCUCUUAAAUGGGGCUUGAAUCAGAGGACUGGGGAUCUGCUGUACAGAUGUGGCACCUUUUCCACGUGUGGCUCGUCAACACAUAUUAAGUUGGGCUCUUUUGAGCUUUUGAGGCGUCCCAAAACUCUCUCCGUGAGGGCAUUGUUGAGGAAUUUCAAGAGCAGCUGCUGACGCAUGACUUUUAUUGAAAAACACACAAAGACACCUUGUCCUCGUGCAGGAAAAGACACUUCGGAAGAUGAACACUCAAAAAUGAAGCUAUGGUUUAAUGUUGAGUCUUAAAGCUACAAAUGUAAAUAGAGCAAUGAAGUCAUGUUUUCUGUAAAGGCUAAGAACUACAAGAGAUCCACAAAUCUCUUUAGGGACGGACGUUGUUUUAUUUUUACAGUUUUUGUGUGUAUUUGUCGAUAAAGCACGGUGCAUUUUCUGAUGUUGUCUCAGGCUUAGACAUGUUUACUUACACUUUUUAGCCUUGUACACAAAAAAAAGAGGCACUUUUAUACUUGCAAAUUGAUAGAAGUCUAUUUUUAUUCUCAUCCCAAAAAUUGGGACAUGAAAUAUUCUGACACAAAAACCUUGAAAGGUUCAUGCUGGUGAAUUCAGGGAAAAUGUGUGUGUGUGUGUGUGUUUUUUUUAAUGCAGACUUUUAAAAUUUGAACACGAGGCCAUUUUUAAAUGUCAGGGAGGUGGAGGAAAACAUUGAAGUAAGCCAAGACAUUAGCAAUCGUCCAACUAUGUUGUGGCUAUUGUUUAUUUCUGUCAAAGUAAACACAUAAAAAAGUCAAUGGAGACGUUGCUGGUCAGCUUUAACCUGACACCGGUAGUGAAAACCACCAUGAAUGAGGAGAACGCCUCUUAAAAACAAUGGUGAUAAAUCUCUACGGGAUUGUCUCUGCGCCUUCACCACACAAUCUCAGGCCAUACCAUAGACAGAGAGGAGAAAAAAUCUGUAUUUUUCUUAUGGUGUUGACAUGACAGACUGUAAAUAGUCCACAUGAAGCUUUAGUGUCAAUUCAGAGAAAGAACUCUAUGAACUUUCUGGAGAGGGGGAGUGUUUACUGUUUUUGUCUUACUGGUUUAGACAAUAUAUUUUAAGAGAAACCCAAGUGUUUAUUUAUGUCUUUAUGACAAAAUGUAUUAAAUGUCCUUGAAAUUCUGAGGAUUAUAUUUAUACUUUUUAUAACAAGCUUGAUUAUUUUCACUGACCUUUGACGUUAAUGUACUGUCUUGAUCAAUGCUGGAAAAUAAAGUGUAUUUGAAUCUGU